AUGCGUCCGUAUUCGCGUUUUAACAGUGGCUACCACUACAUACUUACGGUUAUCGAUGUGCUGAGCAAGUAUGCGUGGGCUAUACCGCUUAAGAAACAAUUCAACCGUACGUUGAAGAAAGACAUGUGGAAACAAUUUACACUUAACGGAACAUACAAAUGGAUCGCCUUAUUACCGCGUCUUCUUAUGGAGUACAACGCGAGAAAACAUCGAACUAUCGGUAUGCGACCUAUCGAUGUUACCCCAGCAAUCACCGAGAAGCUCUUAACCACGGUGUACAGCAAUGUCAAGAUCGCAGGGCCAGCACAAUUUAAAGUAGGUGAUCCG